UCGAGGGUCUCUGUGUCGUUCUCAUAUAAGCUCGUGAAAAUAAUACAUUUAAUUAUUGCGUCGCGUUAUUAUAAAUCUAAUGUUAGUUUUUAAUUAUUAUUUUUAUAAUGAGGAAUAUUUUAAGUCAUUAAAUUGUGUGUGUUAGUGAGUGUUAGUUGUGAAAUAAAUUAAAUUCAGUGCCGGCUUCACUCUCGCGUCAUUUUACGCCAUGUUGGUUGUCGGAAUUUUAGUACGAAAAAAAGAAGUAUUUAAGUGCGUGAGUUUUACUGAAAUUAAUAUUCUCAAGUGAUCGUUGUGAUGUAGUGAUUAGUUUUGUGCGUUAGUUUAUUUUUUUUAGUGAGUUUUUAGAUGUAUAAUUUAUUAAUUUGUGCGCUGGGUAUCGACGAGCACUCGCUGCAGUAAUGAAAAUGGCGGGAAGAAUGCAGAGGGCGGUGCUACUAAUCUGCUGGCUGCCGCUCCUCAACCACUGCAACGCUGUUAAUCCAGGCUGCUCGUGUGUCGUAUAUAGCAGCACAUACAGCCCGCAAGGGGGUAGCUUUAUGUCACCUGAUUUUCCGAAGCGAUACCCAGUGAACAUUGAUUGUCUGCUCUACACGUUCGUAAGCCAGCCUGACGAAAUUGUCGAGCUCACCUUUCAUCAGUUCAAUUUACGGCGUAUCGACGACGACUGCUCGAAAGGUGAUUAUCUCAAAGUCUUCCUACAUCUCGAGGGUAUAGGAGUUUCUGAGUACACGCCCUGGUCUGGUUUACUUUGCGGAAGUUUAAAAAACAUUCCUCAAGUCUUGUACAGUGCUAGAUCUACUCUUAUCCUCGAGUUACAUACUGGUAGGGAACAAACCACCAACUCAACUGGUUUUUCCGGCACGUUUCGUUACAUAGACCGACGUUUAUUCAGAACAAGUGGUCAACUAUUGCCCGGAACAAUGUGUGAUCAUCAAUUCAUAAGUUCACAAAUAUCUAAACAACAUGGACGUUUUUAUUCUCCGCAUUAUCCAUCGUCAUAUCCAAAAAAUGUCCGAUGUACAUAUUUAUUCCGUGCAAGAUUAAAAGAACGUAUUCGUGUAGUCUUUGAAGAAGUAUCAUUACAAAAAGGUGACUUGAGUUGUUUGAAUAAGGCGGACUUAAUCAGAAUUCACGAUGGCACCCAUUCUCAAGCUCCGACAAUAGCUGUCCUAUGUAACGAAGCAACGGAAAUAGAGGUGCUGAGUACUGGGCCAAACCUUUAUAUCGAGUUUGUUGCUAAUUUUGAAUGGCCUGGUCAAGGUUUCAAAGCUGCGUUCCAAUUUCAACCGAUUGACGAUAAUGUAAAUUCAGAGCUAGACAAGACUGUCCCAGGGGCCGUUACGAGCAACCCUAGGUACUCGGUCAUCGGACCUGCUGUCAGUGCUACUACAUCGUCUUGCGAUAUGGUGUUCAGCAGUGAUAAUACGAAGACAGGUAUCGUCACAUCACCGGGUUAUCCAAAUCCAUAUCCACCGCGAUCAACUUGCAGCUACGAUUUUCAUGGACGUGGCAAAGAACGAGUUCAAAUUAUUUUUCAAGAUUUUAAUUUAGUUGAUGCACCUGGUGAUUCUAAAGGGUGCGAUAAUGUGGAUUCUUUGGUAGCAUAUGUCCUCAUUGAUGGUAAAAUGGAGAAAAUCGAUGCAUUUUGCGGUACAACACCACGACCAUUAAUGAGCAAUGGCGCCCGGCUUUUAUUAGAAUUCCAUGGAGUUCAAUCAUCACGACAAGCAAGAGGUUUUAAAGCCAUAUAUUCAUUUACUGAGAACUUUGGAAUAACAACUGGACGACAAGAAUCCAGUUUUCCAUGCGCAUUUGUAUUCAACAGUAAUGAAACACGAAAUGGUACAUUUGCAUCACCAAAUUAUCCAGGAUUUUAUCCACGUGAUACAGAAUGCCAUUAUUUUUUUAAUGCUCAGCCGACGGAAAAAGUACACCUACAUUUUCAUUAUUUUGACGUUGAAGGAGUAUUACCUUGCGAAGCAGUGUCAGCAAGUGAUUACGUUGAAUUUUCAAACUAUAUGACACGCGAUCGGAAGCACUCGCGACAUUGUGGCCAACUGAAGGAGUUCGACGUCAAAAGCGACCGGAAGUUCUUUCGGGUGACAUUCAAAAGUAACGAUCGACUGGACGGGACAGGCUUCAAUGCCAGCUAUGUCUUCUUCGACGAAGAAGAUAAUUAUACGAUGAAGACACCUCUUAAUGGAUCCACUUCCACGGCGACAACGGCAGUAAUACUAGGAUUAUAUAUUAUAUUUAUAUUUAGUAUCACCAAUAAAUUUUACUAGUUUCAGUACUUGCAUUAAUUUAAUGAAUAAAUAAAUAUACAAACUGAAUAAAUGAGUGAAUAAAAAUAAUAAUAAUAAUAAUAAUAAUAUAAAAUGUGAGAUUAAAAAGACUUAAAUUUCUAUUCUUGUUCUCUACACAUUACACUGAUAUAUAAUAAACAACGAACCUUAAAAGGUGAACGCGUGUAUAUAUACAUAUAUAUACAUAUAUUAAUCAGUACUUCUCAAGUCUUCGUGAUACUAUCCUUUGUAUUCUCGAUGCUUAUAACUUUACGGAAUAUUGGAAGGAUCAUCAACAAUUCAUUACAAGAUAAUUACCUACUAAUAGACAAAGUGUUAAAGUGGUAAAGGAAUACAGUGAUAAUGACAAUCUGAGCUCUCGUCUUAGUAGCAAUUAUAAACUUUGAUAUUUAAUUAAUUAAAAAAUUUAUAAUUCUUAAAUUAACAUUAACAAAGUUAUUAUUUUAAAUAUUUUAUAAUCUAUUUUUUUUUUUUUUAUUAUUUGUAAGUUUAAAAAAAAUAAAAAUAGUUACGCAACUUUUAUAGAUAAUCCUUCUCUGAGUUUGAAUAUUAUGCGCAAAGUUACACGAAUAUUGUUUCGAAUAAAACACUAUUUUUAUUUUAAGUCGUUGUUAGAAAAAGAUGCUAAAGUAAUUAAAUUUAAGUAAGAUAAUUGUAAGCAACGUUAAGAAGAAAAAAUUAAAUUUAGGAGUGAUUUUUUUUUUUGGUGAAUAGAAAACUAUUUUUCUUUUAUUUAUAAUAGAUUUUACUCUGUUAUUUAUUUACUGUAAGUAGUAAGAUUUUGCAAGAAAAAAAAAUUAAUCCUACCUGUGAUUGAAGAGAUAAAUUCAACAAUCACAAUUUCAUAGCAUUCAUAUAAAAAGUUACAUUACAUCCACAUGAAAACUCGUGUUGCUGUCGCUACUCUCGGCUCAUAUGACGACAUACUUAAGCCUCGUUUUCAUGAGAAUGUGACAUAACCUCAAGCGCAUAUUGCAUCGCUUCGAUUGUUGAAUAAGUAUCAUCUUCUUUCACUUGUAGCAUAAAUUGCUAUUGUUUAUUUUUGUUUGUUAUCUAGUUAUAAGCCAUGUAGUUACUUGUUUAAUAGAAAAUUAAAUUUAUUAUAUGGUCUGGUUAUUAAAAUAUAAAAAAUGAGUCUAUUGUUUAAUCAUAAAUUAGAGGUUAAAAAGGUAAAUAAAUUUAUUUUAGUAAAUGUCUAGAAGUGGGAGUCGGUAUAUGGCCUAUAGGUUAUGUUUCAUUCCGUGUAAUACACUAUAUUUUUUUAUAAUUAACUACAUUAGUUAUUAAAAUUUUAGUAUCAGCAGCCCAGGGAAAAAUAAAAUAGAUCUACUUCUCCGGAGAUCUGAUUUUCACGAAAAUUUUAAGAUCACGAUAGAUCUUAUAGUUGUCAGGGUUUUCUUCGAUAUCUAUGAAGAUUUAUGGAAAUUCGCGGAAAUUUCCGGAGAUCUACAGAGACCUCCAUAGCCUUUAUAAAGAAAAUUGAUAUUUAUAACUUCUCAAUCUGUGUAGGUCUGCAUAGAUCUAAAUAGAUUACUCUAUUCAAAAAUUUCCAUAGAAUCCACUCAAAUGGGCCAAAAACCGCAUAAAACUUUUGAAUAGGACAUUGAAAUUGUAAAAUUUUCAAAGAUCUGCUGAUAAUCAAUUCUAUAGAUCUCUUGAAAUAACCAUAGAUCUGAGAUCAUCUAAAACUCGAGGUUAUUGGAGAUCUAGAGAUCACCAUAAGAAUAAAAUCAUUGACGGUCUGCCGAAAUCAUUAGGUCUUCUAAGAUCUAUUACGAAAUUUAGGUCUAAAUUGUUUUUUCCCGGUUAGCCAGCAGAAUCAAGUUAAUUUAAUGGUUAUGAUGUUAGCACAUUACCCAAUAAGAACUUUUGAAGUACGCAUACAUCGCCAUUUGUAAUUCUUCCCAGAAAGUAAGUCCCCUUCGGGAAUUGUCGGAAGUUUUCGGUUUGUAACGUUAUUGUGUAGUACCGGCGUGAGAUUCGACUUGUUUUCUAAUAGUGAGGGUAAAAACCGACGGUGACGUACUCUCUGGGAGAACUUUAAAGACAUGCAGCCUAAGUAGCCAAAGCUUCUAGACUAUUACAAAAAUAAAUUCUUCCAAGUUAACAACUGUAUAUGUGAAUAAAUAAUAAUUUAAUAAUAAAUGGAAAGAAACAAAUAAUUCAAUAUUAAAUACAAGGGACUUGAAAACUUGACACUCUACUUUAUUGUAUAGAAGAAUAUGUGAUUUAUUAUCAAAUAAUAAUAACUAUCAAAUAAAU